GGGCUGCAGACUUCUCAGGGAAAGAUAAAAUGAAUAAGAAGAAGCAGCGGAACUCAGGGGACAGCCUUCAUCCCUCAAAACCUUCUAAGAAACCACGGCUGAGAGACUCCCAUGGAAGCCCCCAGAGCUCCACGAUGGUCCAUUCACUCCACUCCAGAGAGUUGGAAGACAACUCAGAACCUGCUCCCUCUGUAGAGCCAGGUGGUGGGGAACCACAACCCACAGCUUCCAGCUGCCCAGUGGAGGACACAGGAGCUGCUUCUGACCUCCCAGGAUCACCAAGAGAGCUGGUCCCCCUGCCUCCUUCCCAGAACUCAGUGGGGAAGUUUUGUCCUCAGUUUUGCCAAACCAAAGAAGACAAUAACUAG